GCUGUUUCGGCUCCGAGCAGUUCGGAUCAAUGUUUUCCGUGUGCCCCCUGCCUGAAGGGCCCCCCCCCGAUCUACCUGAUGGAGCUGUGCUGUGCUGGGCGGAACUCGAAGUCCGACCACCUGGUGGAGUACCCGCCUCCCCGCGGAGAAUUCCCGCUGCUCCCCAUCACGCUGCCGCGCACCCUUGAGGCCGCCAGGUCGAUGCCCGUCGACGCGCGCACGGUGUUCAUCUGCUCCUACCCAAAGACUCACAGGGCAGGUGUCCAUGGGUACGUUCGUCGGCCAUCUUUCACCAUCCUACGGUGUCCCUGGACCUCAGAGGGUCGCCUGGCCUUCAAGGGCCACGACGUUUCCGUGCACGUCUCUGCCGUAUCCCGCUGGCCGCCCACGCGACUUGCCACCCGGUCGGGUCUCUGCAGUCGCCUGGCCUGCAAGUACUUCGGCAGCAAAUUGCAGCCGUAA